GCUAUAUCUGCAGUGUCCAGAUGCAAAGUAAAUCAGAUUUAUAUGUUAUGACCCUGAUUAUAUGUUGCAUGUUGCACAUGUGCUUCAUGAUGAAUAGUUGGGAGAAUGCUAUGAAUACCCAAAUAAUAAAAUAAUAGUAACCAACAGCGGGUGCCUUUGCUAUGCUGGUCAUUGUUCCAAGCAUUUAAUCAUAACUCCAUGAAGUUGGUACUAUUUUCUGGCCUUUACUCAAUGUUAUGGUUGUGAGAUUUGUCCUUGGGCAUAGCAAUAGUUAAUUUCUUUUUGUUGCUAUGUAAUCUUUCUUUGUCCAAAACAUCACAGUUUAGUUGUUCAUAGCUUGUUAUUACUCUUAUCAGGAAAAUUACACAUAGUAUAAAAUAAUAAAAUUUGGUUGAAGUUACAGCUGAAAUUGGAUAUAUUUUAUAACUGCACAUUUUCCACAGUAUUAGCCUACAUUUAUCUAACUUGAGACUUAAUUCUUCCUUCAUUCUCUGGUCUGGCUCUGGGUGGAUAAAUAGAAUUAGUGCUCUCAUGUAUGUCCCCCUUCUAGUGCCAUGAUGCCAGCCAGGGUUCACAUCCUUAUUACAAUAUAUAAUAUGAUUGCAUUGCACUCCAUGCUUUUUCCUAUUUGCAGAAUUAAAUGACUCAGAACCAUAACAAAGCCUACGUAAUUCUGAAAGCUCUUUAGCUGAUGUUUUAUAUACACUUAUUUAGGUUUAAUAUGAAAUUUAACUAUGGAAGGAAUCAUAACCUUAUGAUUAUGAGCUGAAGUGACCUUAGAGAUAAUCUCAGCCAGUUUUCACCUGUCAGAUGAGGAGGUGGUAUCUCAGGUGGUCUGCCCAGCCCACACCGUGGCGGAGACCCAAGCUGGAACAGACUCUUGAGUCACAUUUGAGCCUGCUGGAGUUCCUUUACAAAAGCAGUAAGGAAUCUUAGGAAUCAUGUUGCCUUGUUUCCAGCAUUUAUUCUGUAACCUUUAAAUUGUGAAGCAUUCACUUCACAAUUUGGAAUUGUGUUUGAUCUUGAUUCUUAUUCCUAUGCAUGAGCAAUAUAGUCCUUCAAACUUUAAAGGUUUAUUCUAAAUCAUGAACAAGAAAACCCUAAAAAUCAACCAAGACUCCAAUUUGAGUUGGCUUGUGAGAACACAUCUGUACUAAGUUUAUUAACGUAGUAUGUAAAGUAACAUUUCCAUGCAUUGUUUUUCAGGAGUAGAAGGCUUUUCAGUCCUAGGUGACCAAGCAGUUUCACAAAUAAACCCUCCAGCAAGUUUGAAAAUAAUUAGGCUCCAGAGAAGUGAAGCUGCUCCUAUUGCACAACGAUGUCUAGCUGCUCCAGUGAAGUUGAUGUGGUAAAAACUCCAAUAACUACUUGUGAUGGUGAUGAUAAUGGCAUUCUUUAUGCAUAUCAAUCAAAACCUGGAUAUGGCAAUGUAAGUAAUAAUUGCCAUUUGCCAAAUAUAACACAACAAAGUGUUCAGUCUAACACAUACUAUGAAGAGCAACGAAAAUCAGUUGCGGAUAUCCUGAAUCGUUGCAAGAUGAUCCAAAAUUCUGUUCAAACCCUGAAUAAGAAGUUUAAAACCAUUCAUGGAAAGGUUUCAAAAAUUUACCGUUUUCGUACAAAAUUAAUCUGGCAAAAUCGCAAGCCACUUGGAUAUGCAUACAAACAUUACAGUUACCUGCUUUCUAGAAAGGUUAAACUGCAGAAAAAGAAGACGGAGAUGGAGAUGGAGAUGUCUCUUCCAGCUUCAUGCCAUUGUGGACAAAGUUAUAGCCCAACUAUACCAGUAAAAAGGCCCAGACAUGAUUCCCAGAGCAGCAUUGUAGGAAAUUAUUACGCAUCACAGGAUUCCAUUAUCCAUGAUAAUGAGGAUCAUGAUAUGCGCCUUAGCCAGAGUCCAACAUUCCCUCCCUAUACACAGGAAGAUUCAUCACAUUACAUUUCCGAUGAGCAAAUGGAGCGCUCCCCUUUCAUAGCCUCCUUUGACAAUCAGGGUCCUCACAGUGCCAUGAAUAUCUUAUCAGGUGCAAAAAAUUCCACAUCAGUACAUGCAGCUAUGCUGGAGCAAUGUAAAUCCAGUGUGGCAUACAGCCCUGAGAUGAUGACUUACUCAAGUUUGCUGGAAAAGGAUAGCCUGAGCCGUAACUUCCCUUCCUGCGUCGCCCAUGCAUCAGAUGGAGCUGUCACGUGUCCGCUAAGUCAAAGCUUCCCUCAUGAUCCUUCAACUUGGACAGUAGAUGAAGUGGUCCUGUAUCUAGAGCAUACAGAUCCUGAGGCAUUCAUCCCCAUUGCCGACACCUUCAAGAAACACGGCAUUGACGGGAUAGCUCUGCUACUGCUCCAGAGUGAAGUUAUGAUAAAGUUUAUGGGAAUUAAGCUAGGAACAGCUCUGAAGUUGUGCCACUAUGUCGAAAAGCUUAAAGCAGAAAGAAGCAUUAAAGUCUGAAAAAAUAUAUAUUAGAUUUAAUUCUGGAAGACCAAUACCAUAUUGAUGUAAAAUCAUUCCAUUGCCCUUAGAUAUUUUUGUGUUAUAGAAGGUUCCUCUAAAAUUUUGUUACAUACAGAAUUACAGAACUAUAUUGCAAUUCAUUCUAUUUCUUUAGAAACCAUUUAACACAUUACUAUUAGUGUAUUCAAAUUAGUAGUUGGCUCUUUCUAUCUUUUUAUUGUUAUUGUAUAGUUAAAAAUAUUCUUCAUCUGAGAAACACCUUUGAUUUCAGUUAAUGUUUCUAUAUAGAGCCAAAACAGCUAAAUCCCAAAGGGGAAGUAUCAGGGAUUGACAAGUUCUCUAAUAAAAUCUAUGAGAAGUUCUCCUUAGAAGAUAAUUCAAAGAUGCAUCUGUAGAUAUCAUCUUUUUCUCAAAUAUUUUGUGUCUGUUAUAGCAGUAUUCUGUUCAUGUUCUAUAUGAAAUGUAAUAGCCAUAUAAAUUAUUUCCCUUUUGUUAUUAUUUCUCUGUAUAUUGUAUUUGAUCAGAUUUAAACAAAAAAAAGUACUCUUACAGGAUUUCAUAAAGUGUUCUUACCAUUUUUUUGGAUAAAUUAUAAGAUAAAAUGACUGUUUUAUGCAAUAGUUCUUAUAAUACAAGGUAGUUUGGGUGAAGUAUUGUUUUAUUCUUCUCCAUUAAAUUUAAUUGUUAUUUUAGAACUUUAAAAUAUUUUGCCUAAUCUUAGAUAUUUAGCCAUUUAUAACUCACAUUUCUCUCUGAAGUUGAAUUAAAAAAUGCAUAUUCAUAUGGAUACUGUUUGAUAUUUGUAUUUUUUCUAUAUAUGAAGUGUGCACACAAGUGAAUCUUUUUGAAUUUAAAAUGGCAUUUUCCACUUCUAUAUAUAUUGAGAUGUUUUUAUUCUAUAAUGAAUAUGCACUUCAUUUGCCAUCACAAGUACCUCUCAGCUUUAGUUUUCCGUCCUGUGUAGUAUAUCUAGUUCAUUUGCUUUCUUAGCCAUUUAUACUAUUAAACUUUGUAAGGUACAUUGGAUUUGUCAUUUUGGACUUUAUUUUACAAAUUAGAACUUUCAAGUAAGACAUGCUAUUAUGUUAUUAUUAUUAUUAUUAUUAUUAUUUUGUUAUUUAUUACAUUUUUAUAUUGUAUUACAUUUGUUGUAAUAUAAGCUGUAAGAAUUGGUGCUAACUGUAUUAGUCAUUUGCUGUAAGUGCAAUAAACGUUUGCCAGGGUCCAGCAUGUACAUUGCCUUUAGAGAAAACCAAGUGUCCGUUAUAUUU